CAGCCCAUCCCAAACAUGACACCCUUACAAAGGGGAGGAACCUAUUAAAUCAUAUCAUCAUUCAUCUCUUAAAUUAACGCAUAAGAACCUGAACAAGGAAUAAAACACUAGUUUUUUCGUCCGGAAAAUGUCUUACAUUCCCGGUCAGCCUGUCACAGCUGUUGUGCAACGAAUUGAAAUUCAGAAACUACGGGAUGGUGCUAACUUAAUAUUAGGAUUCAGCAUUGGAGGGGGAAUUGACCAAGAUUCAAGCCAGAAUCCAUUCUCCGAAGACAAGUCAGACAAGGGAAUCUACGUCACUCGUGUGUCUAAAGGUGGACCUGCAGAGGUGGCUGGUCUCAGAAUGGGAGACAAAAUCAUGCAGCUGCUGUUAAACCUGGUAACUUUAGCAUGUUACAUUACAAGGAUACCGGAAAGGGAUGCAACUCAAGUACCGUUUACAUGGACCAAACUCCACCCACAGGAAUUAAAUUGGCAACACAGACUUAUUCAUCUGCCAAGAACAGUUGUCCCACAGCUAAAAGGAAUCAAUACAAGUAGGAUGAUAAAAUAAUACGGAAGCAUAAAAAUACAAGGCGAGCUGCACAUUUCUGCUUUUGAACCCUCUAGAAUGCAUUGUCCCGCAGUUUUCCAUUAAAAGUGCAUUAUUUGAAGAGUUUUAUUUGUUUUUACAAAUUGGAUUGAGUAAAAAUUCAUUUCUGUGGCAUGUGAAUUUUUUUUUUUUUUUUUUUUCUUAUAUAUAUGAGCAUAACCCUUUAUGCUUGGAUGGGCCAGCCGAGAGAAAAAAGAUUAUCUAAAUAUUAAUAACCACAGUCUUGACCAACACAAUGGUUAUCAUUUUAAAGCUUAGAAGCUGUACUUCACAAUGCAUGUAGGCAUUCUGUUUUGGUAAUUAAUAAUAAUUUUGCAAUGCACAUUUUUUGACAUGCAUGUUAUAUGUAAACAGGUGUUACUUAUAUGCUUAUUUUAGCUUAUAACGUCACAAAAAAUAAACGGAACAUAAAAUCACAUACCUUUUAUUUAGAGGAGACGAUUAUCUUUAAAACGGGCCCACACACAAUGUAAUCAGAUGCAUAGAUCAUUAGAUAAUCCUGGCUAAAAACGCAUUAGCUUUCCUGGAUCAGAUGGGUUCAUUGGAAAUGUUGUACAUUGUCCAGCACCAUGGAACACUAAACCAAUCGUAUUAGGAUUUUGAUGGCUGCAACCAGACGUGGAAGCCAUCCAAAUAUGGGCAGAGAGGAUCGUUCACUCUAAUUACAUAUGGCCACCAGGAGAUGGUGUCAACUACAUGACUGACUCAAUGGCUCAAAAUUGAACUGAAUAAGAUCUUGUUACUCAUGCCUGCAUGCUUUGGAGAGAGAGUCAUUGAUGUAUUUGCAUGUAUAAGUAGUUCUUUUGUGUUAUUUGUUUGGAGAGGCUUUUGGACACAAGGAUAAAUUUUUUUGUAAUGCUAUAACUUCUGAUUGCUUUGUUGUAUCAACAAAAUUUUACUCCGUUACAGGUGACAUGAUUGGGAACAAAAAUGUUUUUCUGAGCUACCAAAUUUACACCCUGAGAUAUAUAAUGUCAAAUCAGAAAAUUAAGAAGUUAUUUUUGGCACAAGUCCCCCCCCCCAGCAGUUUCUUAGGCUGAGAGUUUCAGAAUUGAUCAUAAUCUAUAUCACUGAAUGUGAUACCAAUAACUUGACCCUCCUUAUAAACCCUCCUUGACCCUCGAGUUAUAAUGUCGAGUUACUAAUUUUGGGUAUGCCACUUAAACAGGAAUUCUUUAAAAACACCCUCAGAGCUUAAAGGGUUAGCUUGUUUCGAACCCAGAACGUUACUUUAGUACUUCAGAGACCAGAUUCGGUUUCAUUAAACAACGACACCUGAUCAGAAAAAUAAUUCUCAUUUACUCACCAUUAUGCCAUUUUAAACUUGCAUGACACAAAGAUAUUUUUGAUGGAAUCAUAAGAGUUUGAGAUUGCAUAAGGUUGAGUAAAUGAUGAGAGAAUUAAAAUUUUUGGGUGAAUUAUUCCUUUAACAUAUCACGACUCUGUCAAAGAUUACAUUGUUUCAUUACUCACUGACACAAGAUGUCUUGCGUACAUAUUAUGUAGAUAACUUCAUAAUACCUGUCGGGUGAUCUCAAU